AUGCGCAUGCAAAACCGGUUUUAUCGAAAAGAGGCGACUCUGUGAAGGCCGGAGUUGCAAUUUCAGUGCGAUGAUGAUUCAGCCUGUAUAGCUAUUUAUGACGUGUGUAACGGUAUUGCCGAGUGUCGUGACAGCUCAGACGAACGAAAGUCGACAGCCUCUUCAGCACGAGUAAUUACCACAACUGCAACACCUCCAGAAGUAUCUAGAGCGGCUUUAACUCGCAAACUAGAUUCUGCAGCUUUCAGCCAAAGGAAACUCAAGGAUCAUGGAAUAUUGAAGCAGCCUGAGGAGGAAUUAGGUGGUUCUGAAUUUGAAAUCGGCUCCCCCAGACAUUAUCCGUUAAACUCAAUGCGUUUAGGGGCCUAUUUACCCGCCAGAAGACCGUACAAUUACAAAAGGGAUUACUUUGCUCGUCCGUUUUUGGCACCCCUUGGAUCUGAUCUACCAGACUUGCCUUUGCGUGAGCCCAAACAAAGAUUGAAGUUCAUCGAUAACGAAUAUAUUGAUUUUCUGGAAAGGCCUCCAUUGCAACUACACGAAGGCCCUCCAGUCCAUUUUCUUGACGACCUGCGGUAUCACGACAGUGAAGCCGUGCCAGACAAUUAUCCAAGCGUAAUCAAUGACUUUAUUCCACACUCGCGCUAUGCCGCUAUUCGCAACCAGAUUGAAGAUGAAGACAUCCAUGCUUCAAAAGCUGACCGACAACUAAUGCUUGGGUCAAAGAAGCGACCACUUUGGAAACAUUCUAACCCGAAAGCAAAAACCAGACACCAAGAAGUCGAAAAGCACUUUAAUUCAGAGAAGGAGGAAAUGGCAAGGCCUUCCACAAAACCAGCCGCUAAAUCGGUCUCACAAAGUAGCUAUCAAUGGCACACGGCUGCAAUCAUCCUAGCUGUCGGAUUGGGCUUGACAUCGUGCCUAUUUGGUCUCCUGGUGGGGCGCUGUGGACGCCAAGGGUGCUGCGACUGGAGGCGGCCACGUUCAAAUUCCUACGCAGCCAAUCACCUUCGUCGGCGAAUUUUGAGGGCACGUGGCCUUCCAAAUGGUGACCUUGAAAAAAAUGGCCUUUUAUCCAAACUUCAAUUAUGA